GCCCUUGGCCCAAACAUCACUCUCGACCUUCUGGAAUGUUUCAAAAAUUUGUGGCUCAAAUUUGGAGUCCCCGAAAAAUAUUCCAUGGCUGGAGCACCUGGCGUUAGAGAAAAGCUGAAUCUAAUUGUUGGCGGCGACGUCUGCGAGGUUUACCGCGAUGGCUUCAAUUGCGGAUCAUUUGGCUUUUGGUCCGGACUCAUUGGAUUAGCCGUCUUUGUGCUUUUUCUGGCCUAUUUUCAUUUGAACCGGGAGCGAAUAAGUCCGAGGGAAUGAGCCCUUUGAACUGGCGGCAAAACUGUUUCCAUGAUUGUGAUAAAUAAAAAGUCAUUUUGAGCCACUGUAAAAA